UCGAUUGUGUACAUGGCAUAAUUUUUAAUUUUUCUGAUAUAAUGCUGUGAAAUAAUGAAAUGAUUUAAUUUUUAACAACUAAAUCCAAAAUGGCAUUCGUCAGUGCAGUGACCGGCGAUGACUCCACAAAAAAAUUCAUGGAGGUUUUGCAAAAUGACUUCAGAAAUCUAAGCUUAGAAACCAAGAAGAAAUAUCCUCAGAUAAGAGAGGCAUGUGAUGAAGCAAUUGAAAAAUUGUCUUUAGCUUCUAAUAAUCCUCAAGCUUCCCUGUAUGGGGUUGUUAAUCAAAUACUGUACCCAUUGGUCCAAGGAUGUGAAUCUAAAGAUUUGAAGAUUAUCAAGUUCUGCCUUGGUACAGUACAAAGGCUGAUUGCCCAGCAAGGUAUAGAUGCAAAAGGUGCUCGACAUGUGGUAGAUUGUCUGUACAACCUGGGCCAGGCUGGGGUGUUAGAGCUGAAGCUGCUGCAGACUGCUGCACUGCUUAUGACCACCUCCGACCUCGUGCAUGGCGAUACUUUGGCAAGGACAAUGGUGAUGUGCAUGCGGAUGGUAUCCACUUCGGAGACACGUGACGUAAGCACCAGCCACGCGGCUGCCGCCACCGUUCGUCAACUCGUCGCGCUGGUCUUCGAAAGGGCGCUGGCUGAGGCUGAUGGUACUCUAAAGGUGAACCCGGCAGAUGUGAGACCUCAAACAAAUAGUAAAGCUCCGAAGGACUUGAAACCGUGCGCCGUCGAUGCCUAUCUUAUUUUACAGGAUAUAAUUCAAUUAAUAAAUGGCGACGCAGCCCACUGGCUGGUCGGUAUCUCGGACGUGCCAAAGACAUUCGGUCUGGAAUUACUCGAUACCGUAUUGACUGAUUUUUCUCCAGUAUUCUUUAAGAUAUCAGAAUUUAGAUUCCUUUUAAAGGAACACGUGUGUGCUUUAAUUAUACGACUCUUCUCGCCAAAUGUUAAAUAUAGGGCGGCGCUGCCGGCGCUGCAGAUCCCUGGUGCGGGGGGCGCGGGGGGGAGUCCUGCAGCCGCCGAGCGGCCACACUUCCCCGUCACCAUGCGACUACUGCGGCUCGUCGCCAUCAUCGUACACAAGUACCACAACUUACUGGUGACGGAGUGCGAGAUAUUUCUGUCGCUCACUAUCAAAUUCCUGGACCCCGACAAACCACUGUGGCAGCGCGCGCUAGCGCUUGAGGUGCUCCACAAGAUGACUAUUCAGCCAAAACUCUUGAAGGCAUUCUGCGAGUGUUAUGACAUGAAGCCGCACGCGACGAAUAUCUUCCAGGAUAUAGUGAAUGCACUAGGGGCCUAUGUACAAAGUCUGUUUGUUGCAUCCCAAGUCAACACGCCAGCUGGAGCAUCAGGCAUACCUCAGCAACCAGGGUUCUACUGGAAAGGCGUCUGGUUACCACUCUGCGUGACCUUUGAGCCAGGCACAGCAAAAUCUGUUUAUAUCGAGAUGCUAGAUCGCAAUGAAGCGCCAACAAUCCAGGACGGAUAUGGUAUAUCGGUGGCAUACGCCUGCCUUAUGGAAAUCGUGCGAUCCAUCGCCAUAACCGUCGAGGGUGAUGAUUAUUUCAGGUUGCAGGAAAUGUACGAGGACAAUCAAAAUGACGAAGAGAAAGAAAUAAAUUCAAAUAAGAAUGGCAAUCAUCAGAAAGACACAGACACUGAACAUGACCAAAAAGAAAUAAUGAACAACGGCCACCACGGCGAGGCGGACCAGAACUCCAACGUUGUCAAUAAAGUUGACGAAAAUGAAGAUAAAGAGAAUCAUCUCAGGCUGCAGUUAUUAAAGUCGUCCUGGUGCGGUUUGGUAUGGGGCUUGUCUGUAUUGGCGGAGGCCAGUAUAGGCGAGUUAGAGAACAUACUGCGCGCGAUACAGAUCCUCGCCAGAGUCAGCGGGAAGGUGCAGAUGACGGCGGCUCGAGACGCGUGCGUGGGCGCGCUGUGUCGGUGCGCGCUGCCCGCGCAGUACUGCGUGCCGGCGCUGGGCGCGCUGGCCGCGCUGCCCGGGCCGUGGCGCCGCGACCCCGCGCCGCCCGACCCCGACUACCGCCACCAGGUCGUGUGGGUCGGCACGCCGCUGCCGUCCGCCGCGCUGCCCACAGGACAACAGCAGUCCUUCGUGAUGGUGACGUCACGACACGUGACGGCGAUGAAAGCGUUAUUGUGUGCGGCGCAGCGUGACGGCGACACCAUCCAGCAGGCCUGGCUGCCGGUCCUCACCACGCUGCAGCACCUGGUGUGGAUCCUCGGCCUGAAGCCGUCUACGGGCGGCAGUAUGAAGGCAAGUCGCGCAAGCGCCGACGCCAAUGCUGUCAUGAGCACUUCCGCUGUCAUGGCUGAUUUACCUGGUCAGCAAGUUCCUGUCGCCGAGUCGCUAGGAGUUAUGUCUGCGCUUUCAGCGAUGUUGUCGCGGGUGUUUGAAUCGUCGAAGAAUCUGGAUGACGUAGCGCUGCAUCACCUUAUUGACGCGCUGUGCAAACUGUCCAAUGAGGCGAUGGAACUAGCUUACUCUAAUAGGGAGCCUUCUCUGUUCGCAGUAGCUAAGUUACUUGAAACAGGCUUGGCAAAUAUGCACAGAAUAGAAGUUAUUUGGAGGCCUAUCACCAAUCAUCUUCUAGAAGUGUGCCAACAUCCUCAUAUAAGAAUGAGGGAGUGGGGCGUCGAAGCAAUCACAUAUUUAGUUCAAGCAGCAUUCCAAUAUCAUCACAAUAACCCAGAAUUGGUUACAGAGGCUCGGCAGCGUCUUCUUCUGGAGCCUUUAUCAGAGUUGUGCGCAGUGAGACAUUGUGACGUUCGCGCGAGGCAGCUGGAGUGUGCUGCUAGGUUGCUGCAUUCAUUAGGAGACCAGCUCGGCGCCGCCUGGCCACUCAUGAUGGAGAUCAUCUCCGCCAUAUCUACACAUCACAGCGAGCAGCUGAUCCGGUCGGCGUUCCAGUGCGCGCAGGUGGUGGCGGGCGACCUGCUGGGCUGCGCCGGCCCGCGCUGUCUGCGGAAGGUCCUCACCACCGCCGCGGCCUUCGCGCACCAGACCAAGGAGCUCAACAUCAGCCUCACCGCGGUCGGACUCAUGUGGAACAUUUCGGACUACCUGUACCACAACCGCGAUAAGCUGGUGGCGGCGCUGGCCAGCGAGGCCGCCGUAUGUCCCGAAUUGCCGCAUCACGCUGAUCUGCCGCCGCUCGACCGCCUCUGGAUGUGUCUCUAUAUCCGCCUCAGCGCGCUGUGCGUGGAGGCGCGUGCGCCGGUGCGGCGCGCGGCCAGCCAGACGCUGUUCAGCUGCGUGGGCGCGCACGGCGCGCUCCUCUCGCGGCCCGCCUGGCGCGCGCUCCUCGCCGUGCUCUUCCCCAUGCUCGACCAGGUUCAAAAACAAGCUAAAAUAGCCAGCUCUGAGAAGGUAGACACCGGAGAACAUAUUUUAAUACAUCACACAAGAAAUACAGCGCAGAAACAAUGGGCAGAGACACAGGUCCUGACGCUGUCAGGCGUGUCCCGCGUGUUCCACUCGAGGUUCCAGCUGCUGACCACAGUCGGUGACUUCAACAGGUCCUGGGCGACGCUACUCGAAUACAUCACAGACUUUGCACUCACACGCAGUCACGAGGUGUCGGUGGCGGCGCUGAAGUCGUUCCAGGAAGUGGUGUCGGCGGCGGGGCGCGGGGCGGAGGGGGCCGCGGGGGCAGGCGGGGGGCUGCAGCGGCACGUGUGGGCCGCCGCCUGGGCCGCCUGGACCAACGUGGCCGCGGCGCUGCAGCACCACGCCGCGCCAGAGAAUGAGGAGGGCAAACCGUCGGAGCCGUACGCGCCGUCGCUCAACUUCCUCACAACCCUCGUGCAGAUAUUCCCACUCAUAUUCCAACAUAUCAGGCCCACGUUCACUGCGGGGGACGUGUCUCGGCUGGGCGAGUGCUGCGCGCGCGUGUGCAGCGUGCGGCCCGCGGCGGCCAUCGACAUCACCACCAGCGGGCCCGGCGCCGCGCCGGUAGCGCUGCACGCGCUGCAUUGCCUCGACGCUGUCCACAAGGAGGCGUUAGUCCGGCACGAGCUGCUGCCGCCGCUGUUCGUGGCGCUGACGUCGCUGGCGCGCGCGUGCUGGCAGCAGCCUGGCGGGAGCGGCGGCGGGGGCAGUGCCGGCGCGCGCUGCCUGUCAGCCGCGGCUUCGCUGUACCGCGCCGCGCCCGCGCCCAGCGCCGCCGUGCUGCCGCACCUGCUGCAGGCACUUCACGAAUCUGUACAACGAUACGCGUCAGACAAGUCGAGGCGGCGCAAUUCUGAUCAACCACCGGACGAGACGGCGCAAAUAGCAUCAUUAUUGUUACAGGUAUUGGCGACUGCUCUGCCGCUAGCGAGAGAGGAACCUGAAGAGUACAAGGAGUUCUGGGAGACGCUGCCCACUGUCCUGGAGACGUUCAUGUUUGAACCACCGGUCGGAGGGAGCGGCAGCGCGCGGUCGCUGGUGUCGCUGGUGCGCGAGGAGGCGCUGCACGCGAGGCCGCGCGCGCCGCCCGCGCCGCCCGCCGCGCGCGCCCGCCUGCUCGCGCUCGUGCGCGCCGGCUCGCUGCACGCGCAGCCGCCCCGCGACGCGCAGAAUGAACAAGAGUUGCGUGAGCGCGAGGAAUUCGCGCGGACAUGCUUCGAGACGUUGCUGCAGUUCUCCAUGCUGGAGGACAUCGACUCGUUCAACGGCGUCGACGAUGAGGCGGACCCGUUGGCGAUAGUGACUCUACUGGACAGGUUCCAGGAGGUCAUUACGAGGUACACCACCGAUGAAAACAACACCGACCCAUUACCCAGACACCAGAUAUCCGAGAUAUCGUUCGUUCUCAAAGCGGUGGCAACACUCACGGAAUCCAUGAAGAAGGCGCCUCCUGGUAAAGUGGACGCAGUCGCUUGGCAGAAGUUAAUAGGACUGUACCCGUCGCUGGUGCGGCUGGCGGCGUGUGGCGGGUGUGGUAGCGGUGGCGGCGGUGGCGGCGGUGGUGGCGGCGCGGACGUGGGCGCGGCGCUGCGGGAGGCCCUGCUGCAGUACGCGGCGCUGCUGUGCGCCCCGCUAUAGCGCCGCGUGCUCUACACCAUACACAUAUAGAGCACGCGCCUCUAGACACGCAGUGCCAGAUGAUAAAGCGGACGUUUCCAGUCAUCAGUAGUGGACGCUGUUAAGACAAAAGUGCCAGAACAUUAUAUUAAUAUAAACAAACAUAUGCAAUCUUUUUUUAACGUGUGAAACAUAUUCACGAAAAUCAUUUACCGGCGGAGUGGAAGUCGUUGGUUAUAUGUGGGAUUUUUACCCAUUAAAACCACAUGCAGUACCAAACGACGAUG